AUGAAUAUAGCGACAGGAAGACAGGUACUGCGGCGCGCACCGCGACUAUUUGUGCAGCUGCGGGCCGUGUCGACGUUGAGCAAUAACCCUCACAUAUAUGUUUUUAAGGAUCCUCAAAACCCUUCCUCCCAUAUCCUGUCUCUCCUCCCCACGGAUCCCCCUACGCUUUCCCUCGCCAUUGGUACCUCGUCACAAGUCCCGCCCACGCCUCGAUCCUUUACCGAAAACCCCAGAUUCCUCCCUAUACUGCACGCGGUCAUCGGCGAGAACGCCUCCUCCGACCCCGAGGUCCAGUCGCAAGCCGCGGUGAUGAUAUCUUCAUCCGGCUCCUCGCUAUUCCAGACCGCGCGCCGCCAGCAGACCGGCUCUUCCGGGGCCAGCGACCAGGGCGGCCACGGCAGCGCGGGCCGGGGAGGCUGGGUGCACGUCUCGGACCAGCGACGCAUCCCGGACUUUGGACGCAUUGCGGAGCCGGAGGAUAUUUUCGGCAGCGUCGAAGUCGAUGGGCGCGGGGACUUUGUCGACGGCCACGGAGGGUAUCAGCCCAGUGGGACGUACCGCAUAUGCACGAACGAUGGGAUCCUGGGCUUGACGGACUUCAUGAGGCAGAAGUUGGUCGAGAGGCUACAGGUGCAGGAGGCGGCGGAGAGAAACAAGCAGUGA